GACUGCUAUGGACUGGUUGUGGGAGCAGCACUGGCUCCUGUGGCACCAGUGUCUCGCGCUGCCGUUGGCUGUGCUUUACUCCCUGGCCCGGGCACAUCUCUCCCUGACCUGGAGGUACGUCAGCCUGGGCCUGGGGGGCUGUCUGCUGGCCGUCGGCACCAUGGGGGUCUACAGCCUGGUGGUCCUCGUGGCCGCGCUGGGGUUCGCUCUGCUGGUGGUGUGGGUCCCCCCCGACCGGGUCCACGGCUGGGUGUUCUGGGGGCAGAUGCUGUGGCAGACCGUCUGCCACCUGCUCCUUCAGCACGGGGAGGGCCUUCUCCCCCAGGGGGGGGGCGUCAGGGCCCUGGUGGCGGUCUCCUCCCUCAUGCUGCUCACCCAGAGGGUCACCAGCGUGUCCAUGGACCUCCAGGAGGGGCGGAUCCGUCUGCCCCAGGGGGGCGCUGCCAGCUGCCCCCUCUUCCUCCUCUCGCUCUGCAGCUACGUGCUCAGCUUCCCGACCCUGCUGGGGGGCCCCCUGUACCCCUACAGCUACUUCGUGGGCUGUGUAGAGGGCUCGGGCCCCGGGGCCCCGCCCCUCCCUCUGGGCGCGGUCUCGCUGAAGCUGCUGCAGGUCCUGCUCCUGGAGGGGGUCCGGGCCGGCCUCCUGCGGGGCCUCCCGGGUCCCGGGCCGGCGGCGGCGGUGGGGGGGCCGGCGAGGGCGUGUCUGUGUCUCUGGGGCGUGGCUCUGGCUCUGAGGCUGCGGUACUACUCCCACUGGGGGGUCAGCGAGGGCCUCAACCUCGCCGCCGGCUUCGGCCCCCGGGGCCCCGACCGGGGCGGGCUCUCGGACGGCGACCCCUGGACCACGGAGGCGUCCCCCCGGGUCUCCGAGUUCGCCCGGCGGUGGAACGCCACCACGGCGGCGUGGCUGCGGCGGCUGGUGUUCCGGAGGGGGGGGCGCUGCCCCCUGCUGCUGACCUUCGGCUUCUCGGCCUGGUGGCACGGCCUGCGCCCUGGGCAGGCGGCGGGCUUCCUGGGCUGGGGGCUGGCGGUGCGCGCGGACUACGCCCUGCACCGCCACGUGGGGGCGGCGCUGAGCUCCCGCUGGGGGCGGGGGCUGUACGCGGGGCUCAGCUGGGCCCACACCCAGGCGGUCAUCACCUGGGUGGUGCUGCUGGUGGAGGCCCGGGGCGUGGCCCCUCUGGGGGCGUGGUCCUCUGGGGGCGUGGCUCCUCUGGGGGCGUGGUCCUCCGUGUCCGUGCUUCUGUUCCCGCUCCUCAACGCCGCUCUGGCGCUUUGCUUCCUUCUUAAGCCCAGAGCGUUCAGUUAG